UAAGUUAUGAUCGAAGACUAUAAACUUGACUUCAUUACAUUAAUGGAAGAGAUACUGCUUCAUGGACAGCUAGUUGAUUUAGUUGUUGAAAGCGCCAAAGAAAUUAGUAAGACAUACUUUUCUGGUAGAAGUUGGAACUUUAAAGACUUUGCAUGGUUACCUGUGGAUGUUCACCUUCUUGGCUUCUUCUCUUUGAUUCCCUUACUUUUUUUCGAUUCUUUUUUUUUUCACUUUUUUUUAUACUUUCUCUAGUUACAAGUAUGUUUUUCAUGAAUUGUGCGUCUAUAAAAGGAGUUUAUAAUUUCUCCACCCUUAAUUGUGUGAGAGCCAUAAUUAAGCAUACAUAAUUAGAAAACAAAUUUGCAAUGGGAAUGGAAUCGUGGCGGUCCAAGUUCAUUUCUCUACGUUGUUUUAUUUUUCUGUCACUCAUUGCUACUCAAUGUUUUUUAUUUGUGCAUACUCGGACACUUGGCCAGGUUGAUGAGUGCUCAGCCUUGCUGCAGUUCAAGGAAAGCUUUGCAUUUAAGAAGUCUGUUUCUGCAGAUCCUCUUGCGUAUCCGAAGGUUUCAUUUUGGACCCGAGAAGGAGAUGGGAAUCGGAGUAAUUGUUGUUCAUGGGAUGGUGUUGAGUGUGAUGAAGACUUUGGCCAUGUUGUCGGCCUUGAUCUCCGUAGCAGCUGUCUCUACGGUUCUAUCAAUUCCAGCAACACUCUCUUCCUCCUUGUUCACUUGCAGAGGCUUGACCUCUCAGAUAAUCACUUCAAUUUCUCUCAAAUACCAUCAAGAUUUGGUCAUGAACUUUCAAGUCUAACAUAUCUCAACCUUUCAUAUUCAGUAUUCUCUGGCCAAAUUCCAUCAGAAAUUUCAAAGUUAUCGAAGUUGUCUACCCUUGAUAUGUCGCACAAUGAUUUGAAACUGACCAAGGCCAACAUGAGAAGCCUGGUUCAGAACUUGACCGCCAUAAAACAACUUCAUCUUAGUCAGGUAGAGAUGUACUCCUCUGUGCCUGAUAUCUUGGUCAAUGCAUCUUCUCUCACAUCUCUCCAACUUGCGAGUUGUGGGUUGAAUGGGGAAUUCCCAAUUGGCAUCUUCCACCUACCAAACUUAGAGGUUCUGGAUGUGGAAGGUAACUCAAACCUCACCGGUUAUUUCCCCAACUUUAACAGGAGCAAUAAUCUCUUGAAGAAAUUGAAUGUUGCGUCCACAAAUUUCUCUGGCAUGCUGCCUGCUUCUAUCGGAAAACUCCAUUCCUUAAAUUUGUUGGACAUCUCUUGGUGUCAUUUUUACCCACUUGUUCCAUCUUCACUCGGAAACCUUACCCAGCUCAACUACCUUGACAUGAGUGGAUUUAAUGACGUUCCAAAUAAUAAUUCCACAGGCCAAUUAGUUUCUGAAUAUUCCUUGUCUUGGAUAGCGAGUUUAACCAACCUCUACAGUUUGUCCCUUGAGUCCACCAAAUUCAGGGGAAAAUUCCCAAGUUUUGUGGCUAACCUCACGCAACUUUCAUUUCUAGAAUUGGGUGAUAACGAAAUAACUGGUCAAAUCCCAUCUUGGCAUAUGAAUUUGACCCAGUUAACUACUCUAUACCUCUGGGGUAACAAUUUGCAAGGAGCAAUUCCUAGGUCACUCUUCCAGCUCAAAAAUCUUGAAUUUCUUGACCUUUCCAAUAAUAGCUUGAGUGGACAAGUUGAGUUUGAUCAGUUUUCCCAGCCCCAAAAGUUAAAGUACCUUCGAUUAUCAUACAACAAGUUAUCUCUGCAGAUCAUAACCAAUUUGAGUGCUACUAUUCCACAGCUUCAAUAUCUAGAGUUGAUUUCAUGCAACUUAACAGAGUUUCCAGAAUUUUUAAAAUAUCAAUCCAAAUUGCUAUACUUACAACUUAGCGACAACAACAUUCAUGGGCGAAUACCAAAAUGGGUGUGGAAUGCAACUAGAGAAACUUUGUUGACUCUCAACCUCUCUUCCAACUUCUUAACAGGAUUUGACCAAAAUCCAAUCAAUCUUCCAUGGCAGAAUCUAUGUUCUUUAGAUCUCCGGACCAACAUGUUACAAGGAUCAUUGCCAAUUCCACCACAAUCAAUCAUAAACUAUCUGGUCAGCAGCAAUAAUUACAGUGGAGAAAUUUCGCCCUCGUUCUGCAACUUGAAUCAUUUGCACAUUCUUGAUUUGUCCAACAACAGCCUGAGUGGCAUGCUUCCACAAUGUUUGGGGAACUCCAGUGCUCUUGAAAUAUUGAUGCUGAUGAACAAUUCAUUUCAUGGCAGUAUUCCUCAAAUAUGUCCAGUCGAAAAUAGUUUGAAAAUGGUUGAUUUGAGUUACAAUCAGUUACAGGGAAAAGUACCAAGAUCAAUGGCCAAUUGCACUCGAUUAGAGUUUCUUAACCUUAGAAACAAUCAUAUGCGUGACAUCUUCCCAUCUUGGUUAGGGGCACUUCCAGCACUACAGUUUCUCAGUUUGAGGUCUAAUGGAUUUCAUGGCAUGAUUGGGAAGUGUGUUGCCCUCUAACUACUUAGAGAACUGGAAUUCCAUGAAAUUUGUUGACGAGAGCCAGCGAACUUAUUUUCAAGUCAUUUCGACAUCAUA